AGAAAUGUGACGCAGAAGUAGAGCUACCUACCAAAUCCGAAAGCAGCUCCUCCGUCUUGCCAAAACCACCUCUAUUUCUCACAAACUUUGGUCAAUCCAAAUUUUGAUUGCAUCGUCCAUCUUUCCCUCUUUUUCCUUCUCUUUCUCCUCGUAUAUAUAUCUCUACUCUUCAAUCUCAAUUCUCCCACUUUUCAACCCAAAUCUCUCCGUCUCUUCAUCUUAUCAACAAAAAUUCUCCGUUAUUAUUUCCCUCGGUACAAUUUCAUCAUGGGACGUUCUCCUUGCUGCGAAAAGGCUCACACCAACAAGGGCGCCUGGACCAAAGAGGAAGACCAGCGACUCAUUGAAUACAUUCGUGUUCAUGGCGAAGGCUGCUGGCGUUCUCUCCCUAAAGCCGCUGGGCUUCUUCGAUGUGGGAAGAGUUGCAGAUUGAGAUGGAUAAACUACCUUCGACCUGAUCUCAAGCGAGGAAAUUUCACUCCUGAAGAAGAUGAACUCAUUAUCAAACUCCAUAGCUUAAUCGGAAACAAGUGGUCAUUGAUUGCAGGAAGACUACCAGGAAGGACAGACAAUGAAAUAAAGAACUACUGGAACACUCACAUCAAGAGGAAAUUAAUAAGCCGCGGACUCGACCCUCAAACUCACCGCCCUAUCAAUAAGAACUCAAUCCAUUUGGACUUCAAAUCUCCGCCUCGCAAUCUCGCUCUCCCCAUCAGGAAAACAGAGUCCAUCGAAGAAAUCAACUGCACCAGCAGCGGCGUGACGACCGACGAAGAACAACAACAACAACAACAUCAGCAGCGAAAACAGAAAGAAAAUUAUGGGCAAGAAGAGUGUAAUCAGAAGAUUAAUUUGGAGCUCUCCAUUGGUGUUGGUCCCACAUAUCAAUCGGAGUUAAGUCGGCCAUCUUCAAACUCCGCCGAGUCAAACCCAGUUAAAGUUCUUUACAAUUACGAGUUUCUGGAGAUGAAAGAGGGAAUUUGUUUGUGCUGGCAAUUGGGGCUUCAAAGAACCGAUGAAUUGUGUAGAAAUUGUAAUCUGAAUUCUGGCGGACUGUCCACAUAUUACAGGCCUUAAGAUUCUUACAUUUUUUUUUUUUGGGUUUUAAUUUAGUGAUAUAUUGAGAAAAAACUUAUAGCAUGAAUUAAUUGUAAAAAGAUUUUAGGUGAAUUUGAAAUUAAUUAUUGUUUGUUAA